GUCAUGACUGAAUAAACGACUACUACAACAACUACUACUACUCGGUGAAUACAGAGGAUGAAACACUUCCUCCUUUGAGCGACAAUAAAGUAACCAUAACGCCAUUUUAAUGAACUUCCCAUUAAAGUCUCAUCAGUCUUCCUCUAAGUGUCACAUUAAAGCUUUGAGAAACGUCAGAAGAACUGAAUGAGGACGAAUAUAAAAUCUCACGAUUAACUGCGAGACUUGGUGCCUCCUAAAUUUUGGCCGGUCUGAAGAAGAGCGACAUCCGAUGGGGGGAUCGACUCUCUGAGAUGCACGGGUCAAGGUAAAGAUAGACACACACACUCGCUUUUGGACACACGCACAGAUACGCACACAUACACACUGAACAUGACAUGAUUGACAGGUCGACAGAAGUUUAUUUGCUCGGCUGACAGUCUCGUUUCCACUGGACUGAGAACAACACUCUGACAUCCUCACACACACACACGCUCGUGUUUACCUGACAGGAUGCUUUGCAUGAGCUGCGCACUUAACGAGCCGAAUUAAUCUGUACGCAUGAACGUGUUUUUGAGACGCAAUGCUUAAGAAACUGUCCAUGUGCUGACUAACUGUACGGACUGUCCUCACGUUGUGUUGUGGAUUGCACCAUGAUGCCAUGAUAGGGGCGUAAUCUCAUGCGCACUUUGUAAAAAAUAAUACCACGCUCGGUGAUGCGCUGGAGGUGAGGCUGCUGCUAAUGCAGAGGCAGGCAGAGGAUGGAUGGAUGGAUGGAUGGAUGCGGGGGCAGCCUGCGCUCUACAGUUUGACUGACGUGCUCGCUGUUAUUAAGAGGAGGCACGUUAAUAAAGUGCUGUCAGACUGACACAUUUAUGAACAGAUGGAACAGGUAGCCAAACGUGUAAGAUGCCAUAAGGAGAGUCACUGGAAACCCCAAAGUCCCACAGCUUUGCACAGUGAGGAACAAAAACACUUAACUGCUGUAGAGGUUUAGUCAUACUUAAUGGUAGUUUCCUGUGACUUCAGUCUGCUAUUCUGAAGGGGAUCUCUCUCUUAUCCUGUUACUUAUGAAAUGCCAAACCAAAAAUUAUAAACUGUUUAAGACAAACCAUGCUUUAACUAAAACUGUAGCUAGAAUUACAACAAACUAACCUUACUCAGUCAUAUUUUCUUGUUUAAUAUGUCACUUGUUACCCCAGAUUGCAGUCAGUCAUUAAGUAAAGGAGUGGGGUAAGAUGAGCCAUUUUUCAUAUUUCAGAUCACUACAUCAAAGACAAUCACAGUUUUGUCUCUAACUUGUGUAUCUGCAUAUAAUUCAAGAUGUUGUGCAUCCCUACAAACCAACAGAAUGAGUGUAAACGUAACUGUCUUGAUAAUAUAGCAUGCCAAAAAAAGUGGUCUCCUAUGGUCAACUUACCCCAUAACUUACUCCAUGUAUGGGGUAAGUUGACCAUAGGAGCGGGGUAAGUUGAGCCAUAUCCCUGCUACCCCUCCACUCUCCACCCCAGCCCUCCCUCACCUUCUCUCUCCCUAAAUAACAGUCACUUCUUCACAUUCAUAUGUAUUUUUAUCUAUUAUACACUAUUCAACUGGUGCAAUAAUUCUCUUUAUUAUUAUUGCAUAUAACUGUUAAAAAGCUGUUUUGUAAAAAGUCAUUUUAACACGAGAAUGUCUUUAAGUGAUUCAGAACAUUCACAGCUGUAUUUUAGAAAAGAAAAAGUAAAACAUUUCAACAAUCUGAACUGAAACUCUGAUCCUCUCAUCAGACUCCUUUACUUUCUCAGUUCAGUCACUGGCUCAUCUUACCUCCGAACUACUAUUUAUGACUUUAAUAGUCAUCUAAACUAAAAUGGUGGACUUUUAUGGUAGGUUUUUGACCUCAUUUUGUAGCACAUUGAUACCACAAUUGAUGUAUAAAACAAAUUUAAAAUGAUCUUUUUGCGUCUGAACAAACUUUCAAGAGUGAAAACUGAUUUUUUUUUCUUUUCUUUUUGUAAAUAAAUGUCUAACCCCUUCACCCAUGGCCUUCUAACCUUCACAGACUCCAUGAAUUGAUGCCCAUCUUCUACAGAUUUGGUCACAUGGUCAAUUUCUGUUACCAUUUCCAAGUAACAGCGGGUGGCUUAACUUACCCUUUGGCUCAAUUUACCCCACUCUCCCCCAUACACUUAACAGCAGGUCUAGAUCAUAGACAUAGACACACAGAUGAAGAAAGACAGAAGUAAACAUGAACUGUAUCUGUGUCCGCUUUCUUGACCAGAGCUGGCGUAGGAUCCCAAAGAAAAGACGCCUGAUAUUUGAGGACUUCAUCUCCUGUUCUACUCUUAAAAACUUUGAGUCCAAGCAGGUCUGCACUCUGCAAGUGUGAGGUAAUGGGACACUGUGGGUUCUUUAGAUAGGGUUGUGCCUGACCAGUGUUGGUGUGAGUGGAAAGAGAGAUAAUACAGAAAAUCUUUAUUUGGGGGAAGUGAUCACUUUGACUUGGCUGUGGCUGUACCUCCAAUGUAAUGUCACGUGGGUGAAAGGGAAGUGGAGCCUGAAGUAAAGUUCAUAUGGGAGUCAUCUUGAUAAUGAUAACUCCAGGACACUUGAGGCUGUGGCAAUUCAUCGAAGGCAGCUAUUUCAUGAGAGAACAUAAGUAGGUAUCAAGAGCCAAGCUCAACAACUUUAGCUUUGCCUUGAGUUUAGUUGCAGAAUGUUGUUGGCCAUUUUAGCAAUUACUGGCUAAAAAGUUUAACUACCGGACUGGUUUCCUCUGGCACUGAAGAGUAUCAUUGGGUAUAAUCUGCAUCACAAUGAAAAUCCAUGUAGCCUUUGCUUAUGCUAUUAUAAAGAGGAAGAUUGGAUAUAAUGAGGUGAACAGACCUGAACAGUGAGUCUUGUGGAACUUAAUUACAAGCUUGUCAGUGAUCGUUGUCGUGCAAAAACUAAAAUGGAUUUGAACGGAUUCAACCAGAAAUGAUCAAGAAUGUGUCUUUAAAUUCCACUAAAGUUAGGAAAUGCAGCUUGUUAGGAGAAACAUUAAGAUAACCCUGUAGUCUUCAUUGCACAGCAUUACAGUUGUUUUAUAGGGGUAGGAGAAAAACAUAGAUACUGCAUAGUAUCACAAUACUUUGUCUGGUGAUACAUCAUAUUGUCUCAUUUACCAAGUAUUGAUUUUUCAAAUUAAUUGCUAAAAUGAAGUCAAAUCUAUGAUAAUGGAAAAAUAAAAUCAACUGUUUGUCCAGUGAGGUUGGCAGAGGUGAGAUCUUAGAGCAGGAAAAAGUUAGUACAACAAAUAUAUGUAAAUAUAAGGUUUACAAGAUGUGCUACAUGAAAAUAAAAUACAGCAUAAAUAAGACAAACAUAAAAGGAAAGACAAAUGCUAAAUUAGCUAAACAGUUGAAAAAAUUGUAUUAAUCGCAAUAUACUGUAUCGCAAUACUCACUGUAUCGCAAAAUGCUAAAAAUCGCAAUAAUAUUGUAUCAUGGCCCAGGUAUCAUGAUAAUAUCAUAUUGUGGGGCCACUAGUGAUUCCCACCCCUAUUGUAUUAUCUAUUGCUUUACUUUUUCAUAAUGCAUUUGAAAUUGGAUUAAACUUUAGUGUGCACAGUUUAAAUCAAUAUACAGCCAAAGCAUCCUAUUCAUGUAUUCAUUAGAGAUGCACCUCUUCAUUUUAUUCCCGAUCCAAUCCAAUACUAAUACCAGGGCUGAGUGUAUCGGCUGAUAUCCGAUACCGAUCCAAUACUUCUGUUGAAUGGAUGAACUGUAUACCUUACCCUGUGAGUGAAGGCAUCAGGCUUGACAUUAGCCUUGUUUAAAAAAAGUAACAAAUUAACACAGAUAUAAAUUUACUUGAUAUUAUUUACAAAUAGCACAUUAGCACACAGCAAAAAGAAGUAAGACUUCUAUGUAUUAAAGAAAAAUUAGUUAAAAGAAAAAAAAAAAGAGUGGAUCGGAACUCUGGAUCAGCAUCAUUCAUCAGAUAUCUGAUCCAGUUAAUUUGUCAAUAUCGGAGCCAAUACCCGAUCCAAAUAUCGGAUUGGUGCAUCCCUAGUGUUCAUGUCAAUUAAAUGCAGAAAAAGCUUUAAGGUACUGACUAAAACGACUACAAGUAAUUUAAAAAGGGCAUCCACAGAGAAUUAUGUACUACCUGAACCUUAUAAUGAGAUGAUUUUGACCUCUUUUAUCAGGCAUGUUCUGGAUUAAUAAACCUCUCUGUUGAAAAUCACCUUAUUCUAGCAGUGGGCAAGCUUUAAUAAAGCCACUGUGUGCUGUUUACCCAUAUAUCUCGGGCUCAUGUGAGAAAGCCAUUUGAAAUACUGGUUUACAACAAGCAAUUAUACUGCACGUUAGAGCCAUUUUACAACUCGAGACAAAAGUAAGCCAUCACUGUGAACAGAAAGUGAAACUGCUGCUCGCCUGAAACCGUUUGACAGGAGGCAAAUGUGUGAUCAGUCUCAUCAGAUGCAGCGGUUCAACCACCUCAGGACAAACAGCUUCACAGAAUGUGGCAAAUGUAUCUUAACAGUGUUACUCACCAAGCAGAGGAGAGAAACGGUUAGAUGGCUCUAUAAUUAAGAACUGCUGGAAUAUAAUCCUGCGUUCGUGUGUGAUCUCAUCUCUUUAGAGUUAAUAGAUGUUACAUAGGGGGUGCUUUCAAGGGAGAGAUUACCGCACAGGUUUCUAUUAUGGUGACAUCUCUUGAGAUGGCAUGCAUAUGUAAAGCCAGCUUCACUUAGCAGGGCAGGGAAGCUGGUGGGAGGUUGCAGUUUGAGAGAAUAACGCUGCGAGGGUGCAGAGAAGGCAUGUGAACGGUUUGAGACGAUGCUACAGAGCUGAGUGAACUGAGAGGCAGGGUGUUCUCCGACUGACUAAUUGUGUUUCAAAUUGGGUCUUUUAGCGCACAAUGGGGAAUGGGAUUGCUCUGAGCUCCCCGCUGAAGCACCCAAGGAUAAGAAAGUUGUCAGAUUUGUAGGUCAGGCUGCAUGGGGUUGUUGUUAGGCAGACUUGCUCACAGCUCCAGAUGUGACCGUAGUUUGACGUUGAGCUCUUUAAGAUUGCGUGUUUGGCUUUAAGUUUUGCUUUCUGGUCUUCAUAAAUGUUCCCUAAUCGUGCUUUCACCAACUUUCUCAACUGUUUGCAGCUGCACUGGAUAUUGGGCUUCUUUAUGUUUGAAUUGUCUUCAUCUUCAUCCCCGUUUGUUCCUUUACUCCCCUCUUUCUGUGUUCAUUAUCUUUGACAUGUUGAGCUAAAAUCUUAAUUGAUUUCACAGAGUUAGAGGGAAUUGCAUGAGUGUAUCCUGGUCCCAUCUGGAGCUUAUCAGAGCCUGACCUGGUUUUUGGUGAGCUACGCUAGCAUGUAGCUCCUUGGGGACCUGUCCCCUCCUUGUGCUGACAAAGGGAAGAAGGCCACAGCCGGCCCACCUAUCCCAGCCUGACAUAGCCCGGCGUUACCUGAGUCUGAUAUCACCUACUUCUGUCUCAAACUGUGCCUGCACCAAGGACCCAAAAGUUGCUUACAGAACAGUUUCUCCCUCCUUACUCAUUGUAGGUCACUUGGUCUUCCUCCCUCCAUUUUGGAAAGAGCUUCCGGGGAUAUUUUGCCCUACAAAGAAAUAAUUGUCUUAUCUCCCUAAUUCCCAAUUAUUAUGCACAGGCUUAUUUAAGAAAAAGGAUUAGAUUCUCUCUCUUUUUUGGCGGCUGCACCAGUGAGCUGGGGAUGAAAUUUGAAUGUGACACUCCUCUCCUCCACUGCAGUGAGGCUAGGGUCCUACACAUGGAUGAACUGGGGGAGGAGAGAGAACAGUGAGGCUGUCAUGUAAGCCGUCUCCUCUGGGGCCACCUCUCGGUGUGCGCUGCUUCCUGCCUCAGGUAGAAGCCUCAGUGUUUCUGCUGCUGAGGCGUCAGGCUGCUCUCCUCUCCUCUACUCUCCCUCCCGCUGAGGAGGCAACGAGUCUACUCACAAAACCUCAAAAUGGAGAAGGUAAGCUUUUUGUUUCAUUAUUGCUUUCUUGUUUAUUUUACCGUUUUUUUCACACUUAGCUAUAAGAGGUUGCUUAUUUUAUGCAGCAGUUUCUGAGUUUGCGUUGUUGAUUCUAUACUUGAAUCCCUCCAGGGCACAUGGGGCCUUUUCGUGCCGAGUUGGCAUGCUCCUUAUGUUUGUGUUGCUCUCCUCUACACAGAAAAAUACAUGUUGGAUAUUAGGAGUAGUCCUGGCAUUGCCUUUCGGCUAGUAAGAGGGUUUGAAAACUGGAUUUGGUCCCGAGGUGCUUAUCACUGCUCCUCAAUUGGCAGGAAGGGUGAAACGCAGAGGACAAAUUUCCUCCCAGGGAUUAAUCAAGUAUUAGUUUGAUAAAUAAAAAAAGCUGUGGAAGCUUUCAUGCUGCUUGUUUUCAACGACUGUUCAUCCUUGAAACGCAGACAAACGCAAACACAAGAGGCUUUAAACACUUAGAUGAUACAUUCCCCAAAUUUUAUUAAAUUUACUUUGAUCAUGUCUUUCUUAUCUAACAUUUCUCACCAAAAUGUUAAAACACAGAUAUAAUUAAAUCGGUAUUUUGAUAUUCUAUCUUUAAAAGGUUAGGUGUCAUGAGCGCAAUUAACAACUUUUGGAUGUGUGAUGAAGAGAAGGAGCAACACUAACAUAACAGACAUAUGCUCUAAUUCUUACAUGUGCCAGUGUGCAUGUAAAAAAUGAGUUUUAGAUGACAUAUGGAGGAUUUUUCUCGGUCUGUCUCUUUUCUAGAGCUGCUCAGAGUGCGCUGAGCCAACACUCGCACAAAGCCUGUGUACACUCUGCAACAAGUGGUUGUGUUACCAGUGCACAGAUGUGCAUCAGCAUCAGAGAUCCUCCUCCACCUCCCAGUACACAGACCUGCACCAACAACAGAGAUCCAGUGCCCCACAAUGUCCUGACAUGCACCAGAGAGGCUCCAGCUCCCUGCCUCCCACUGGACAAGGCAAGACACUUAACAUAUUCGAAGACUUUGUUGCAUCCAGCUCUAAACCAGUGCAAUCAAUGAUGACUGGAGCUACAAAGUUUAAUGUCUCUAUCACCUCAAAGUUUGUUUUGACUUCUUUUUUACCCUCUGCUGCAGUGCACUGUUUGCUUGUUAAUCAUGUCUCAGUAGGAACCAUUGCAAUGAAUGAUUCAUAACAGAGGCAAUGGUUGAUGAUACUUCCUGGAGAUCCCAGUGUUUUAUUAUACCUCUCGUUAACACAUGUCCCAGAUUCAUAAGUGCUCCCAUAAUUUCAUUUUUGCUAAUAUUAGCGUGUUGCUAUUUAAAGACCCUCAAGUAAGCCUGCCAGCAGCUUUGUUGCCAGCUGUCUUUGCAGGUGUGCAUUGCACAAGUUGUCAAAUCAUAACAAGCAUGUCCUAAACACCCUCUUUGUGAUGAGGGAGUGUUUCUGUUUGGUUUGUAUACUUGUGAGAAAAUGUGUGACUGCGCUGACAGACAGGAUGUGGUCAGUGAAUGUGCACAGGGUGAUGCUCAGCGCUCUACCACAGAGAUCAGUGAUGAUCUGCAGGCAGGAGGAGGGUUGGCUGAGGUAAGCCGGCCAGCAGAGAGCAGCAGGGCUGCGUUCAUUUGCCUUAUCCUGCUAUUGUUAGAUAGAUGUAUUGUGGGCCAACUGUUUCUACUGUGACCUAUUUAGAAGUGUGUGAAGGAUAUUUCUGAGUGUGCAUCAAAGACUAUUUGGACAGGACUGAAAAACUGUUUGCUUAUAUCUUUUGUCACUCAACACACCGCAACUCAGUCUCAAUGCAACCUCAAAUAGGAACCAAUUUCUCCCAUUUAUGUUAUCAUUUUGUGCAGACAGGCCAGUAUUGAUAUUGCACACCAAUUUUGCUCAUCACAGUUUACUUUUAGCUCUAAGCUGCUUCAUUGAAGCAUCAUUUGAAAGUUUCAGGGCCAUAAAAAAGAUUCGACAAUGUUAUCUCAGUGCAAUCUGCAGCAGAAUAUAAAGCAGACAACUAAUGAAAUCAUUGUUCUUGCAUUCUUAGCAGUGUAACAACAGACCGAAGUCUGCAACUGUGCCGGAAAUUCGUUGCAUUGGUGUCAUCAUUAGCAAAUUGUCCCGCCUUUCUGGCUUAGGCACAUGACUACCAAUGUGAUGGGCGUUAGCUUCAACGUUUUUUCUUCAGGUGAAAUGCGGUUAUUUCUCUCAGCUUAGGAAGUGGUAAAGAAACUCUCUCAUGUCCAGAAAAUCAACAUGAAGCAAGCUAAGAGCCUAGUUAGCUUAAUCUGACACGAAGUGUGAAAACAAGAGGAAACAGAGUGUUGCAGAGUCUAAACCUUCAUCUGCACCACCCAUGUGUUACAAGUUCUCGCAAAAUGUAAACAACAAAGAGAGGUUAUAGAGGUUAUAACAAAGAGAGGUUAUAAAUUAAAUUCAUUUUUCUUUUAGACAGAGUUAAAAAAUAAAUUGCAGUUUAGCAGGUUAUCUGCUAGACUAUUGUAUCUUGGCUAAUCCAUAAACAGAUGACAUUGUUUAUUUUAUUUAUUUCGGUCACUUAUUUCAAAAUAUGAAUACAAUCAAAGACACUAAAUGAAACCAGACCGAAAAGGUAUAGGCUGAAGCAUCACUUAUUACACCUACCCUUUUCAACUUAGACCUUUGUAAAAGAGCAAACUGUCUUUUUUACAGUCAAACAAACAGGAAACUGACUUUUUCUAUAUUUAGACAUGGUGUCCUCUUUAGCACCAGCACUUGUAGUGUACUAAAGUGACCUCUACUUUUGUAGUUUUGUGACUCAGUUUAAAUCAACCUUGACUGGACAACUACUCUGGAGACACGUAACAGUUUGACUGCUUUAAUAACCUUCAUUUGUAUCAUCCUAAUCACACAAACAAGACACAACUUUUUCCUGUUAUGCUAAUGUUGCAUGGCUCUCAGACAUCUACUAGGGACAGUUUAAUCCACUGAAAUCAAAACUUAAUGAGUUCUUGUCAUUGAGUUGUUGGCUCAGCUGCUCAUUUGAUAACUGGGUAAGUAAGAGUCACUAAUAAUUAGUGUGUUUGUUCUCAUUUACAAACUAAACAAACAUCCUGAUGGCCCUCCUACUGUCAGGAAGUUAACUGCAUCAGUGAAUUUUGUUGAUAAUUCACCCCUCUCUUCUCCUCUCACCCCUCUCCUCUCACCUCCCCUCCGUCUGUCUUUUAGGCCCAGGGUCGUAUCCUUGUCCCCUCCUCAUGUGCCACUCUCACAGACAGGAGCCCUUGGAGCUGUUUUGUGAGUCAUGUGACCUUCUGUGCUGUAGCAGCUGUCAUCUGUCCUCCCACAAAACCCACAGGUCAGUCCUCAGAGGCAGCACAAGGACACUGCAGAGAAGGGCUAACCGCAGGUUAAAAACUUCCUCUGAGCUACGACUCCCUUUAACUGCCUUGUCACUUUUAUCACGUGUAUUUGCAUACGCUAUCCUUGGCCCGCCUAAUACCUAUUAAGUAUUCAUACGCUUUUGUUUUUGUGUGAUGUUUCAGCACAGUAGCUGCCCCUUUAAGGUCACCUGCAUAAUGCCUCAUCCCAGGGGAAAACAAAUUUAAUUCUGGUGCUCUUUCUGCCCAGAGAAUAAAUUAGUCAACUUUCUGUUUGGUGGCUGUUCUGAUCUCUUGUAUUGUUCAGGGUGGUGCAAAUCGGGAAGGCCCUACAGGAUCAGCAGUGGCUUCUCGAGAGACUGAUGGUGCAGGUGGAGGAGAGGCGAUCUGCAGUGGAGAACAAUGCCAAACAGAUAGAGGACAGGUUGGUUUAGACUCUCAGAGAUGCAAAAUCACUGCCCCAACUUCUUCAGUCAAUAAUUCAACUGCAUGAAAGGCAGCAUAAAUUAAUGUCUGCUUUCUUCUCCUACAUUUGGGAUUUUCUGCUGGGAAAAAAUGCAUUUAUUUUCUCCACUCUGUCUCCGCAGACUUCAUGGCGUAAAGAUUGCACACAGGAAGGCAGAGAACCAGAUUAAAAUGGCAAAGAUGAUUAUGAUGAACGAGCUUAACAAACGAGCUAGCCUAUUAAUAGAGCAACUGGAGGUAAUUACUCUCUUUUUCUCCUCUUCUUAUCAUUCAGCCAGCUGUGAAUCUACAUGCAUAGAGUCAGUAACCCCAAUGAUAUAAUCAGUUUUGAAAGCAGGCAAACGAGAACCCAUAAUAAUCUGUCAGAGCUGCUUAAGCUAACAACUAUGGAGCUCGAUCUGUCAAAAAAAAAAGGAGCCAUCGAUUUAGCCCUCUGCCCAGACAUGCCUCUCUUUGAACUCUUACUUAGCUGUAAUUGUUUCUUUCAAGAAAAUCUCAGAGGACUUUCAGCAGCGUCUGGAGGACCAGCUGCAGGGGGCAAUAGAGACGUGUGGCCAGCUGGACCAUGUUCAGAAGUUCAUCACCUGGGCGAAGACCCACCACUGCAGAGGCCCGGUGCUCUUCAGCAGGGCUCUGGUAUGUCUCAGUGGAACACACAGAGAUACACACACACACACACACACACACACACACACACACACACACACACACACACACACACACACACACACACACACACACACACACACACACACACACACAGUCGGUUAAGGAGGAAGUAAAAUAAGUGAUGAAACUGCCAGGUCAAACUCCGUCCCACUAUUCUUGAAAUCUCCUCGAUUAAAGGGGUAUUCCGGCGUAAAUUUAAGUUAGGGUCAAACACACCCUAACACGGAGUUAGACACCCCCUUGAGAGAUGAAUGUUGCUGACUGCUUGCUUCUCUAGUAAUACCAACUUCAGCAAAGACUGCACCAUAGCAAUACAUAACAGUCUAAAAAUAUGUGUGGUGGCUAUUACUAUGGCUGGGACCCUACAUGUACUGUUGAUGAAGUUAGGUGCUGUUCUGAGUAUUAUUGGUGGCUUUUUGGUUGAGGUUUUCAUGUGAAGACAUAGACCGCUGUGUAUCGCUAUCAUGCGGUUGUUACUAAAGUUGGUACAACUAGAGAAGCAAGCAGUCAGCAACAUUCAUCUCUCUAGGGAUCGUCUAACUCGGUGUAAUGGUGUGUUUGACCAUAACUUAAAUUUAUCCCUUUAACUGUAUAUUCAUGGGAAAUUAAACUUAAACUCACUCGCUCCACAAUCCCUUUAAAGAGAUAUUUCAAACUUACUACGCCCACGAAUCAGUCUGCUCCAUCAAAGACCUAAAGAGUUGUCACAGUCAGUUUCCCACAGGAAGGUUGUUGUCUUGUCAAAUAAGUUCUUUCAGAUUUAAAUGUCAGGAUAUUUUAUUGUGGGCUAAUUUUUUUCUUCAUUUAAAUCUGGGAAUUGGCGUCGAAAUGUAUUUUUGUGACAUGCGUUUUGACGCCCUCUUUUUUUCAGCUUUCCCUUCAGAUGCAGCAUCUGGUUGAGCCGUCACUCCACUCAGACUCCUGGAGUCCUGUCAAGAUUAAAUUCAACUGGGAUGCAAGUUACUGGACUAAGCAGAUUUCUACUCUAGGUAAAACUUCUGUUAACAAACCAAGAGAGUUAAUAAACAAUCUCUAAAGUUCUCAGUUUAAAGUGAGAGCAAUACUUUUGCCUGGUUUUUACAAGACAUAAUAAAAGUUUGGAUUUUGUCAGUGAUUUUAUUUAUUCUUAUCUCAUAAAAGAAAAACCCCUCUCUGUUGCUCUGCAGGCCAGCUGAAUGUUGAAGGGGGAAGCUGCACUUAUCCUCAGGGUCUGUCCUGCUCCAGUAUCCUCAGGCCUCAGCCCCUCACCUGUAUGACUCUGCCGUCUGUGUGUCACAGAGGACGAGAGUCUGGCUGCGGGUACCAGGCCUGCUGUGAGCCUCAGAUGUGUUGCCUUCACGGCAUCCCCUCUCAGCCAGAUCUGUCCAGUCUGGACAAAAGCCAGUUGGAAGCCACUCUGUAUAACCCCAGCUGUGUUCAACCUGCUCUUAUCUCCUCCCUGCACCAGAGCCAGCAGCUCCAGAGAUGCUGGGACCCAGACAGCUCAACGCAAUGUCCUCCACCUUCAUCACCUGUCCCAAUCAUGGGAAACAUCCAGCUCAACUGCAGUCGAUCUGCGUCCCAGCCACAAUCUGCUGCCUCCCACUCUCAAACAAAGUCCUAUCUCUAUCACCAACACCAGAGAGAAAUUCUCCAGGACAGCCAAAAUCCGCAAAGUGCAGACCACAGCAGACCAGGCCAGUGUCAGAGGAGGCUGUCAACGAGCACCACUCUGCAGCCGGAUCCCAGUCACACAGCUGCAGACAGAGAUGUGACGAGUGAGGAGAACUGGGAGGAUAGAUGUAGGGUGGAGGAGGACGAUGGAGGAACAGCUGGUGUUGAAAGCAGAGAGCUGCUGGAUGAAGAGCUGCAGGGGGACAAGAGGGAGCAAAGUCCCAUCCAGCAGCAGCAGCAGCUUCAUGUUUAUCCUGCAGCAGAGCAAAGAAAAGAGCAGCAGAGGAACCGGCCAGCACUGACGCUGAGAGACCACAGAGACGGCAGGGUGAGAGAAGUCAAGAAUCCCUCUGAUUACGUGUUCGAAAGCUUUGAAAUAAGUUGAUUCAUAUUCAUACAGAAACUAAAGUCAAACUUGCUUGGCUUUGAACCAGGAUGCAGAGUUGCAAUGUGCCGCAUUGAAGUUUUCAGUUUGCUCACAAAAUUUGACCCUCCUCCACUCCAGUAUCAUGAUUUGUGCUCCAGAGUCACAAUGAAUGUCGAUAAUGUAAAUAUAUACUCGCUUCAAUUAAAUCCUGAAAGCUCAGAGGAGCAUAAGCAUCAACCAGUAAAUCCUGUAUAGACAUUUUGCUCUUCCAUUUAGCAAAGUCGAAGUUUCUCAGUCAAAACAACAGAAAAAAAAUCUCUUUUUUCAAGACCUGCUCCAAUAUCAGCUGUGAGAACAAAACAUGAUGUAAAAGGUGAUUAUACAGAGGACUAAAAAAAUCGUCUUGCUUGCUGACGUACUUUUUUCACUGCCAAAUUUUUGAGUCAAUGCUGAAUGUCGACUCAGCUUUUUUCUCAGAAAAUCUGAUCAGAACACAAACACUAAAAUCCAACAUAAAGAAAUAACUGAUCUUGUGGCUGAAAAUCUCAUUUUAUUUUGCAGGUUAUGAAGAAGCAUCAGUUUUAUAGUGACAGACCUUUAAAAUGUAAAUUUCGCAUUACACCCUCCUAUUAAGGAAUGACCCACUUUAUGUAUUGGUUAUAAUUUUAAGUCCCUUAAUGGGGAUUUGUAUUAAUAAAUCGUGACUGAAUUUAGUGACAUAUUCUGGCAGUAGAAGCGAAACAACAUACAGUAGUUUCCGAGCAGAAGACGUCGAGGCUGGGAAUUUCAGAGCUUGUUGUAUUUGCAACCAUGAGAUCAAAGCAGGUUAUGUGGUGUGAGAGCUGUGCAGCCCUGGUCUGUCGGUUUUUUCAUUUCACACGUGGUUCUGCUGAGUUUCUAGAUCAUCGAACAAUUUGAACCCAAUGCACAUGUCACGACAUGGUUAACCACCCCGCACUGUUUUUUUUUGCACCUCUCUGAGACCACAACUUAUUGGUCAGUGUUAGGCCUAUUUCCUCUGCAACACAGGUGUUCAGAACAGUGGCUGAAAAACAAAGAAAAGAACAAAUGCUUAACUCUUUAAUUGAAGUCAUGUUAUAUCAAAAAUAUAGUUGUACAAUUAGAUUUUACUGUAUAUGUCCAAAAUGUCCUAUAUCAGACUGCAGGUAGUGUUUAAUUUGUUCAUUAUUUUCAAAAAAACUAAAAAUAAAGGAGGACUUUAUUGUAAUGCCAGAAUGAUCUCUUCCCACAUUUGACAGCUCGCCUGAAAAACAGAUGGUGCAACACAAAUCUGCUCGAGCUCUUAUGAAGAAAAGAUGAUAAAACAAAGAGAUGCUUUGACAAUUAAAGCUCUGAGCUGCUUCCCAAAACCAGGAGAGCACUGUUCCUCAUAAUCACGCCUAAUGCUGGAGGUUUGAGCAGCCACAUUAUCACCGCUGCAAAAUGUCUCAACGUGCACUCUCACAAGCACGAAGAUGUAUUGUAUUUACACUUUCAAGUCACGGCAUCUGAAAAUGACAUAAAACCACUUGGGUGCGUUCAUUUAUGUACUUAACCUGUCAUUAAUGAGUCACUGAGGGAAUAGAGGGAGCUGCCAGUUUGACUUCAGUUCUGGUUCACACUUUGAGAUAAAUUCCUACACCCCCUCUCCGUCGUUCCAGAGAGAGGGAUUAUAGUCUAUUUUCCCUCCACAGUCUGAUCCUAUGUAGCUCUCCCAAGGGGCAUGGAUCAGGUAUGUGUUUUAAUCGCAUGAUACAUUAGAGGAAGUGCUCUGUGGUCUGAAUAUGGGCGGUGAUUGCACUUAAAAAACGAAAGAGAAAAGGGAGAGGGAGAGGUGUUAAAAAGAAACUGGUUCAAAGUUAUUUCUUCUUCUUUCAUUUCCUGAGGAGACGGUUAAGUUUUGUAAAGGAGCUUUUUUGAGACACUUGUAUUAGUUUAACUGUAAUUCAAGAGAGGAGAGAGUUGUUCUAAACUAAUUUGCUGGUCCAGUUUAAUCCAGACACUCCCAGGUUCAAGGAUGCUGUUGCCUAAUUUGACUUUUAAAAUAUACCAUGGCCCAGCCAAAUGUUUGUUCACACAGGUUUAUCGAAACUUGAAACUAUAAUGGGAAAUUUCCUCAUACUUUUAUUGUCAUCAGAAAAAAAAUGUGAGGGUGGGUCUACAGCACAAAUGAUUAACCAGCUUUUAUACACAUAGAUUUAAGGAGUGGUCAGGAUAAAGGGGUCGCAACCCCCAUGCCCCCAACCACCAGAUGUCAUCUGAUUGGCCACCAAAGCUCGAAACUACAGAUUGCGAUUGGUCAGAGACUUAUCUUAAAACCACUUCCUGUUUAUUGCUUUUUUGCUUUUUUUGAAUUUUGAUCCUUUUUGGACUUCAUACCUACUUUCAUGAGUCCUUUGAAAAUUAAGCUAAAUAGAUUUCAAUAAUGAUGCUCUGUUUUGCUACUUGAAGAGGAUAAAAUCAUGUAGGUAUAUCUAAAAACUUUUAGAUACUGAAAUGUUGGAAGUCAAGAGUUGAAACUAUGUUGAAUAAUAGUGUUUGAACAGUUCCCAGCAUAAGUCAGUACACCCCCUAUUAAUAUCUAGAUAAGCAAAAAUACAAUUUCCAAAGUUUUGACAAAGCUGAGUUUAACAUAACAUUUUACCAUAAGAUGAAAAUAAGAGUGAUAUGGUAGCUAAAAUUUAGCUUUGCUCCCUGAACUUUGAUUGGGGUGUUCUCAUUUUUGCAUCCUGACUUUAAAUUGAAAAAAAAAAAAAACCUUUUUUGUAUGCAACUUAAAAAUCUUUUUUUUUGCAAUCAAUUGCCGACAUUUAGGGAAUAUUUUGUUGUAAAGUCUGACAUAGAAAAUGUUGGUUUUGAAAGGAAACUAAAGGUUUUCAGACAACUCUGAGUCGAUGCCUCAGUUGGCCAACCAAGUCAAAAAAAUCUGUCUUCCUCUCACCCCUGAUUUAUGUCACUGUUUAGCUAUGAAAUAAAUAUCAGCAGCAAACUAUUAUUAAAUCAAUCUGUCAAACUUUUUAUGUGUUAUGUAUUUUUCUCGGGGCACUUCACAAAAGAAACCGGUCUUGACUGUUUUCUGUUAUCAUCCAUGAACCAACGCUCCUGACAACAUGUGGACACCUUGAACAAAACUAGUCUUGUAAGUGAACAGCCAUAUGCUGAGGCUGAACACUGUAAUCCAGGAAACAGUCUUAAUUACGUUUGAGUUGUAAAUGACCCCUCAUGGCCCACCUGCAGAAACAUCAGCACCCUCACUUUGGGAUUAAUCAAAGGGGUUUCAUUGCAUGUACAACAGUGAAUUUACAUAUGGUAAUAGGUGUUGUAACAGACCCUUUUAUCAAUAACAGUAAUUCAUGCAGCUGUGUGUACCACUCUCUGCUUGUAAGGACUGACUCAUUUGGAAUAAAUACUGAGUGCUCUGAUUGAUGUUCAUUUAGUGUGUGCACCUGUACUUCAAGGUUGUCGCCACACUCAUGAACACAGCCCGCUAAUGACAUGAACAGAGGCUUGAAACCAUGCUUACUUUUGUAUGUGUGUGUUCCCUAACAGAGAUCCACGUCCCUGGAGGUGCCGGUGACAGCUCACGAGUGUGUAUCUGACGUACAGAUACAGAGCAGCAGACUCAGCCCUAGUUUGGUGUGCACGAGGAGAAAGAGACGCUCCCAGAGCAUCCCGGCAGAACUGGCAGCUCCAUCCGGCAGCCCUUACUCUGAGAGGCCCACAGGAAGCACUCACAGCCCAGAGGCAGGAGCUGCAAAUAAGGUAACCCUGCAUGUGAAUGUAAUCACACAUGAAGGAAGUGGAGCUAAGCUGACUGACUGAAUGGAGGUGAAUCCUGUUGUAUUUGGCUUUUCUCCUGUCUAAUACCGUUUCCUUGAAAAAUCAUUAUUAUUUAGGGCUCUAACAGACAUUUAUUCACGUUUUAAUUCAUCUACUGACUGAAUGUGUAGUUGCUUGCAUACGCCAUACACUAGUAAAAGAAAAUGUCUUUUCUAAUGUUAUUUUCGAAUCUUUGGAUUGCUCAUUUUGAGAAAAAAAGACUGAAACAAGCAAAAAUUAAAGCAUUAAAUCCCCACCAUUCAAAAUCUAAAUCAGAUACUAAUAAUUAUAUGUAUAUUUAAAAUCUACAGUCAUUUGGUUAAUCAUAGAGCGGAGACAUUUAAGGAUUUUAUGUCCAUACCUAGGGGGAACAGUGGUAUUUCUAUGUUUUGAAACCCAUUAAAUGGUCAGUGCGAUUACGACUGCAUCUUGAAAAGUGCUGCCUUUAGUGUGUCCAGAGAGACCUGAGCAAAGUUUGAUAAGACUGUUAUGUACCUCAAAAACCUCCAUUUGAGAUUAAGACUCUUUUCUAAAGAUUAUCUUUGUGCUUUUAUUGACUGAGGACAGGGAAGAGAGCAGAAAGUGACAUGCAGGAAAAAACAAGGAGCUCUUAUAACAGAGCCAUACUGCCAAAUAAAACUGGUCCUGGAUGGAGUUAACUUUACCAAUCAGGCUGCUUUCCAUCUGUUGUAAAAAGAGUUUCAUAUGUUUGUGUAUUUUCAGUAUGCCAGUGUGGACCCCAAACAGAGGAGAGCUUCAGAUGGGGUGCUCUGUGUCGUCAAGGAAUCUUCAUCCGAGAUGCCUCCCUACAGACGCCACCGGUCUCCUCUGCUGUCCUACAAGACUGAGCCAGGUGCUGGAUUAUAGUCCGAAACCACACUGUUGACUAUUAUAGGAACCAUAACAUGCAUACUAUUAUCUAAAUGCAUCAUAUUUUUCCAUUUUCUCAGAGCAAUUUUUCACAUAUGUAAAUGAGGAGAGCGCUUUCGAGGCCAAGGAGAAGUGCAGGGCGUCGAGAAAUAGCCACAGCAGGUGUGUAGGAGAGCUGUCAGUUUUAGGAAUGUGUCCAUAUUGAAAUGAUGAAACAAGAUUAUCAUUAUUUUCCUGCUCUUUCAUUUACAGUAACAGAGACCUUUCGAAGGACUCGGGGAGGUCGAAGGUCCCAGUCGUUUGCCUGGAGCGUCUCAAAAUUCUCGUGUCUCAACUUCCCCCACAUGGACGACGACAAAGUGACCCUUUACCUGCCAGUGGGACGGAGAAGAGUGACACUGUGUCACAGGACAGAACCUGGCACGAUAGAGCUCCAGAGGUACGCAGUGAAGUAGUUAUUAUAUUUGUAACAGGAAUGACUGAUUUGUCAACUUUUUGGGGUAAAGGUCAAGUUUUGAGCCUCAAUACUUGUUUAAAACCAACUAAAGUGCCUGUAUUGCAAGUUAUUAAGAACUUUAUUCGUGACUGCAGUAUGUUGUUUGUUUGUUUUGGUAAUAAUGGACAGAAAGCCUUAUUAAUUAUAGUUAUACACAGUUGUUAUUUCAGCAGAUGUAUUAAAUAUAAUAAUUUAUUCUCUUUUCUCUCAUCCUAACCAGAUCAGUGCUCAUCAGACCACCGAUGACUUCGACAGAGGGCUCCUCAGCUCUCAGAAGACAACCACCCUGCCAUCCACUGACUCCAAAUAUGUGGCGCAGAGUUACUCCCUCCUGGACCUGGACUCUGACUCCGACCCCAGAUCCGUUUCAGAGGAAGCAGUGUUUUCUUGGGAAGACCCAGAACAGCAGCAAGACUCAGAACCAUCACUGGAGUCUGACCAAAAUGCAGAAUCUUCCUCUGAGGGUGAGAAGUCUGCAGCUGAAGGGGGGAUCGGGCUCUGCGGUGAAGCAGAUAUCGUCGGGGAUUCAGAGCCAAGUUUGGAAUAUGAAGUGGAUCCAGGAUCAGAGGAUGGACAACAGCUGGAUGCUGAUGCAGAAUCAGGGGAUGGUGGGACAGAGUCUGACAUCCAGCCUGAAUAUGAACCUGUGUUCCAGGCAGAGACUGACUCUGAAGUAACAUCUGACCAUCCUCAAGAUUCGCAGGGCUCUGUGGAGUCUGAGCUCGAUUUAGACUCCGACCCUGAACUGACAACAGAUGACCCUCAACCGCUCCGCUCGGACCUGGAAGAGGACUCGCACGUCGGUCCUAGUCAGAGGCCGCUUCUGAUCGCAAACCCCUCUGCUCUAAGAGGCCCAGAGGACGACGAGCCUGACCAGGACAGUGCUGCGAUGGAGAGUGAGGACUUCUGCGCCGUGUGUCUGAUUGGGGGAGAACUGCUCUGCUGCGACCGCUGUCCUAAAGUCUUCCAUCUGUCCUGCCACAUCCCAUCUCUUCUCAGCUUCCCCUCGUAAGCCUCUUAUACUUUAUACAGUCCAUUCAACAUUUUAGCCUGUCAUUGUUCAUAACCUGAUGAUCCUUCUCGCCUGGCUCAGCGGUGACUGGGUGUGCAGCCUGUGCAGAGAUGUUAUACAGCCAGAGGUGGAGUACGACUGUGAAAACUCAAGAACAUCCGGGGAGCACACAUCAGCACUCGGACUCUCCGAGUAUGACCAGAGAGUAAGUCGUUUUAGAUAAUACGCAUAAAUGAUGAUGAGCGUCUUCUGCCUGUUUCUAUGACUUUACAAAGUCUGUCAUAUAUUUUUUUUUUACCCAAAUGUAGAAAUGUGAGCGUCUGACUCUCCUGAUCCUCAGUAACAUCCUCAGUGCUCCCUUCCAUGAGCCUGUCAGUCCACUUGUGAGUGUCGUCCAUUUUUAGCUGUCUUGUUACAGUUUCUGAGUAUAGUUUAAUCUUUGGAGAAUUGAGGAUUGUCUGAUUUAGAUGAACAUAACUGUGUGCCCUGAUUGUCACAGUGAUUAUAUAGUUAUAAAAUCUGUGGAUCAUUGAUGCGCUAAAUUUCAAAUACAGAGAGAUUAUAUCUUCAGAUCUGUAUUUAUAAGAUGGUUGAUUACAUCUGUUUCAUGCAGGCUCGUCAUUACUACCAGAUCAUUAAAAGGCCCAUGGACCUAUCUGUGAUCAGGGCCAAACUCAACAAGAGGAAUACUCGACAUUAUCACUCAGUGGACGAGUUUGUUGCCGAUGUCUAUCUCAUGUUCCGCAACUGUGCGAAGUUCAAUUACGUAAGUUGGAAGUGUAUAAACUGUGUACAUUUUCGAUAUGAAGCCAACAAUGACUGAUCUGAUAAAAAGGCUCUUUCUCUCUCUCUGACCCCAGCCUGACUCUGAGGUGGCUCAAGCAGGCCGCAGUCUCGAGUCAUUCUUCACCUCCAAGCUGAAAGAAGUUUUCACAGACGGCGUUUUUCCUGGGGCAGAGGCGGAGUCUGACAGCGACGAGUACGAUGAGGCCUACAGGACCGCCGAUGGUGGUUUCCCCUGGCCAGAGAGGAGGGAGCAGUGCCACAGGAAGAGGAAGAGGAGACACUCUCUUAAAACAAGGAGACAUAACUUCUAAUCAGAGGUGAACAGAGUUCAGCCAGGAGCCUCACUUAUGUUGUACUUGUGUGUAGCUAUGCUGUUUAUUGUUUAGCAGCCUGCAGGACUGUGUUUCCAUGCUGUAAUCUGACAAUAGGCCUAAUUUGUGGUUUGCAAUAAUAUUACAAGGCUGCCAUCUGAUGGCAGCUUGACAUAUUGACAGAACAGUUCAGAUAUUUGAUAUGCUGUAGCAACGACUGUCCCUGCAGACUUUAACUGAUAGGAUGAGCAGAGUGUAAAGGAACAAUGAACAGAUUUUUAAUCUCCUUAAUGUUUUUUAUGCGGACACAAAUCUCUCUGAAAAAUACUGGGGGACUUCUGCAGCCUUAAAGAUGAUGCUGCAUCUGUAUCUGCAUCAAAUCAUGUUUUAAACACAGGUUAUUUACUCUUUGUGCACUGGAAAUUACCCUCUCUUUUUUAAUUCAGGACUUGUUGCAUUAGACACCUGCUGUUAAAGAAUGCUGUAGUUGUAUGUUCAUUAGUCUCACUUUACUAGGACGAAUACUUUACGUGAUUAAUGUUGCUCUGAUAUACACAGCACUUUGUAACUUUCAGAUUGGUAAAUUCUAUAUUUACCAUGUUUGUAAUUAUAUUAUACAUUUAUUUUACUAUAUUUGCCAUUUUACCUUCUAGAUGUUUGCAGGCAUUUAUCAUAGGUUUGAUUAUUGAUAUAAUAUGUGUCCAAGUAGCUUUUUUUUAGUGAAGAACUAAUGAAUUUAUAGUCUUUGUCUUGCUGACGGGAUGACUUAGAAUGUGAGUCUAAGAGGGAAAUAUAACCAUUGUGAGAUUUAAAAAGGACAUAUGCUUUUAGAUAUUUGUAAAGGAUUUAAUAACCAGAUCAAACAAUACAGGAAAAUAUUACAUUUAAUUAUCGAUUAGGUUUGAUUACUUGCUAUAUGCUUUCAGUAUCACUUUAGUUUUAGCCAAAUUUUGUACUCUUCUGUUUUCUCAAUAUCUCAGGCUUGAUAAGAGUGUAAGCUACUGAUAACAUUAAAUAAUGAUGAUGAUGAUUAUAAGCUGUAGGGUCACACUGAAGUAUGUCAUUUUAUAAUAUCUGCUGUUGUAGAGCAUUUUACUUCUUUUUUAAUGUUCUUGACUUGCUUCCUGCAGCCUAAGGUAGAUUUUAAUCAACAUUUAAAGUACUGCACAAUAUGAUGAUUGUCUGAGCACUCUCUGACCACGGUCAAGAGUGGUGGAUCUACAGUAUAUGUAAAGAUACUUCCUUUUAAAUCAGUAGAUGUAACAGUAUUUCCUCUUCUAUGAGAGAGCACUGACAGUUACUGUUAUUGUUACUGUUACGGUUUUAGGCAAGCAGCCUUGUUCCUUUAUCUUGUUUUUUACUGUAACCGUCAAACUUCACAUGUAUUCAUAUGAAUAAAAUACGUUGAGGAAUAA